GACCACGAGUUUACGGCCCUGGUGCCGUUGUGGGGUAAUUAGACCAGGCGAUUGGCCUUGCAAAGUCUUUAUAAAGAAAUGGGCGCAACGAAUUGUCUGUCUGACAGGUUCCCCGACUUUACCAUCGCCAUCAAUAUUGUCUCCCUACCUCGUCAUCAUGGGUCUUCUAACACUGGUCGAAGACAGGCCUACACCCAAAAAUGUCUACAACUGGCGUGUAUACACAGCCGCAACAGUCGCCAGUUUCGCAUCUUGUAUGAUAGGAUACGACUCCGCUUUCAUUGGUACCACUCUGGCAUUACAGAGCUUUGUCGAUGAGUUUGGGUUCGCAGAGAUGUCCGCAUCUCAUCUCGCUCUCGUCAAAGCCAACAUCGUCUCUGUCUACCAAGCCGGUGCUUUCUUCGGCUCUCUCUUCGCAUAUGUUAUGAGUUAUUUUCUCGGCCGCCGAAAGACUCUCUUCGCCUUCGUUAUGGUAUUCAUAGUUGGAGCAGGUAUGAUGCUUGGUGCCAACGGACAAAGAGGGCUAGGACUCAUAAUCGGCGGCCGCGUGUUGGCUGGCAUAGGGGUUGGCGGUGCCUCAAACAUGGUGCCCAUCUACAUUUCCGAGCUCGCACCUCCGGCGGUUCGUGGACGUCUUGUUGGUAUAUACGAGAUGGGAUGGCAGAUUGGUGGUCUUGUGGGAUUCUGGAUCAAUUAUGGGAUCGCAGAGACACUUGCCCCGAGCCACAGCCAAUGGAUUAUCCCGUUCGCAGUUCAACUCAUUCCGGCUGGCUUGUUACUCGUUGGUGCACUUUGGCUUCGUGAAUCUCCGCGCUGGUCAUUCUCUAUGGGACGUCGCGAGGAAGCCAUCAAGAAUCUGUGUUGGAUCCGCAACCUACCGGCUGAUCACAUCUAUAUCAUAGAGGAGAUUUCCUACAUCGAUGCUGACCUUGAGCGCUUCCGUACCGAAGUGGGUGCUGGAUUCUGGAAGCCUUUUGCUGCAUGCAAGCAGCCGAAGGUUUUGUGGCGGUUCUUUCUUGGUGGUAUGCUCUUCUUGCUGCAAAAUGGAUCAGGCAUAAACGCGAUCAACUAUUAUUCUCCCACGGUGUUCAAAUCGAUCGGGAUUCAGGGAACAAACACGUCCUUUCUCACGACCGGAAUCUUCGGCGUCGUGAAAACCGUGAUAACCUUCAUAUGGCUUCUCUUCCUCAUCGACCACCUCGGCCGCCGUCGCCUCCUAAUGAUCGGCGCAACCGGUGGCUCGCUUUGCAUGUGGUUCAUUGGCGCCUACAUCAAGCUUGCAAACGUAUCGGCAAAUACUAAGAACACGCAACUGUCAUCUGGCGGGAUCGCAGCUAUGUUCUUCUUCUACCUAUGGACUGCAUUUUACACUCCAAGCUGGAAUGGUGUGCCAUGGGUCAUCAAUUCGGAAAUGUUUGACCAAAACACUCGAUCUCUCGGCCAAGCCUCCGCCGCCGCCAACAAUUGGUUCUGGAACUUCAUCAUCAGUCGUUUCACGCCGCAGAUGUUUCUCAAGAUGGAGUACGGGGUGUACUUUUUCUUUGCCUCGCUCAUGAUACUGUCUGUGCCGUUUGUCUUCUUCCUUAUUCCGGAGACUAAGAGUGUGCCGCUUGAGUACAUGGAUAGAUUAUUUGAGAUCAGGCCCGUCAGAAAAGCCAAUAAGAUCGUGAUUAGCGAAUUGGGUGAGUUGGAGGCUGAAUUUAGACAUGAUGUAGCAUUGGUUAAAGGCGAGAAGGCCGUUGAGGAGAGGUUUGAAACGGCGGAGCAGGGGCAGGAAACCAGGAGAAGUUGAUACUUGGCCUGCCGAUGAAGAAUCACAUUGCAAAAUUCUAUCGCGCAUUUGUACAAAGAUGGAUCUUUUGUGUUGCAUUGCCUGUGAUUACACUUUCCUUCUUUACACUAUGCGUAUGAAAUUAAU